AUGAUGAUGAGAAAAACAAUGGAAGGAAUGAGAGACAAUGAGAUUGAAAGUGUUAAAUUUUUUGUUGCUGUCAAAUUUAUUGACGACAAGGAGAAACAUCAUGUUAUUGUAACCUCAGAUAAAGUACUAAAGUUCGAUCCAGUAAAGACAGAACGUAAAAAGUAUAAAAAUCCAUACAAAGUUUUAAAAUACGACACUGACAGACAACAAGAAUUUGCAGUACCUGCUAAUAUUUUAGACCAUUCAGAUUCGUUAGUGGAUCUGAAAAAUCAACACAAAAGAUACGUUUAUCCAAAGUCUAGGUUAAGUGAUGCUCUAGAAAAGCUAGCUCAAGAGUCAGAAAGCGAGGAUGAUGGUUUAGAUACCAAAGAUCAAAUUAAGAAAGAUAGAAAAGAUAAAGUAAUGCGACAAAAGAAAAACCAGACUGUGCCUUCUAAUACAAGAAAAAAUGUAAAUAAAUGCGAUAACAUGCAGAUGGUUGAUAAGCAGACGCAGAGAGAAUUGAUUAAAGAAAAGCACAACAAUUGCUCAAAGAUAAUGAAACGGUAUCAAGUAUGAAGCAAAUGAAAAUGAAUAAAGUUUCAGCAAAUUACAAAUUAGAUUUUUCUAAUAAUACUUAAUGCGAUACUGGCCUAGUAUCAGAAAAUACAGAUAAUAUUGAUUCCCAGAUAAAUACAUUAAAUAAAAAAAUAAAUGCCUUGGAAGAAGAAAUAGAUGAGAAGGAUAAAGAAAUUGAUAACUUACAAUUAUCUC